UGCGAUCCACCACCUGGGUCCACGUCUUUUGACAGGUUGAGUUCCGGCUGUCGUCGCUGUCGUUCUUUUUGCGGCAUCUUUGCUAGUGUCGAGCACACAUUCAAUUUUUCUGCCAGCUAAACAAUGUCGAAAAGAGGACGAGGAGGAUCCGCGGGAGGAAAGUUCCGCAUCUCGCUGGGUCUGCCAGUCGGAGCCGUCAUCAACUGCGCCGACAACACAGGUGCCAAGAACCUGUACGUGAUCGCAGUCCAUGGCAUCCGUGGUCGUCUGAACCGUCUGCCCGCUGCUGGCGUCGGCGACAUGUUCGUGGCCACCGUCAAGAAGGGUAAGCCGGAACUCCGUAAGAAGGUCAUGCCCGCGGUCGUGAUCCGGCAGCGGAAACCGUUCCGCAGGCGAGACGGUGUCUUCCUAUACUUUGAGGACAACGCCGGGGUCAUAGUGAACAACAAGGGCGAAAUGAAGGGCUCGGCCAUCACCGGUCCCGUGGCGAAGGAAUGUGCCGAUCUGUGGCCCCGUAUCGCGUCGAACGCCGGUUCGAUAGCGUAAGGUUUGAAAUGGCAGGAGAAUUUGUUUUUUGCUGGAUGAGAUGUUUUGUGGACAGUAACAUCAAGGAAGAGCGAGAAUCGGGAUGCGGAUAUUGGAACGAACAAUAAAAGGCCACACAGAAUGGAAGUGAGAAAAGUUCAAAACACUAAA